GUGGGUAAAGCGCAUGCGCGAACGCUGCUUCGCAUUUUGGCAAAUCCCGGAGUCGUCUCAGCCGGUAGAUCGCUUCGGCUUCUCUUUGGGGGCUCGUGUGCGACGUUGCCGAGAUGGCAGAAGGUUGCCGGAAAGUCCGGGAGAAACCCGUACGCGUCAUCGCCGCGGCGUGCAAAGACGGAGGCAUCGGCAAAAAUGGCACGCUGCCCUGGAAUCUACCGUCUGAAUUCCAGUAUUUCCUCCGCAGUGUUACACAAGUUACAAAACCAGGAAAGUUCAAUAUGUUGGUGUGGGGGAAACUGUGCUGGUACUCCAACCCUCAAACUAUGUUCCCAAUGGCUAACGCUUUGCAUGCAGUGCUGAGCAAAACAAUGCAGUCGGUCCCGGAUCACGCCCACUUCCUGUGUCAGGACCUGGAGAGCGCCGUCCUUUUGGCUGCGACAUACCCGCUCGCAGACUUGAUCGAGACCAUUUGGGUGGUUGGAGGCAGUCGGGUCUACCAGGAUGCACUGGAGCAUCCCUGGUGUGAUUUGGUUUUCCUCACAGCUAUCAUGGCCGAAUUUGAGUGUGAUGUCUUCUUCCCUAAGAUGGAUGCACAAGUCUUCAAAAAGCAGGAAAGAUUUGCUGGAGUACCCAGUGGAAUCCAAGAAGAGAACGGCGUGAAGUAUGAAUUCCAAGUAUUCAAGAAGGAAUCUAAACAUGGAGGAAAUGAAGAGAAUGUUUUGAGUGACACCGGUGAGGGUUAACUGACCAUUUGAAAUGAUGUCAAAAGUUUUGUUUUUGUCAUGCAACAUUCCAUUUUUAUAACCAAAUGCUUAGUAUGAUCCGUUCUGACUGUUACGAAAACAAAUAUGUUGUGUUGUUGUGCGUCAGUCUGCACUACAUUAUGUCACAUCCUGGUCAUUGCUGUUUCAUUGAUUUUAGUUAUGGUUUGUUUUGUUACAGAGUUAGAAUCAUUAAUUAGAUAAAUGUAACAGUGGUAUUAAAAUGAAUUAGUGGAAAUGUAUUAUUUAGUAACGCUGCCGCUAAUUGUCUAUAUUGUCAUUUAGCAGUUUUAUUGUAGCCCUCGUUGGAAAAUGUGAUUUGAUAUCAAAUGUGACAUUUUUGUGUGCGGUUGUUGUUUACGUGUAGUUGCAUGUGAUCACCACUAGAGGGAAGCAAAUCACUAAGACAACACUAUCCUGUACCCCCCCCCCCCCCAUUACCACAGGACAAAACAUCCAUAACAAUGAAAAGAAAUACUUCAUACUUAAAUACGCAAACGAUGUGCAAGUCAGUUAAGAACUUUAUUUUAUUUUGUACGCAAUUAGACAAAACUAACAAGCACCCCCAAUAAAAUGCAUCAAAGAUAUGCAUUGUAUUUUGUAUUGUCUUGCAUUAGGCUUAACCCUAAAACGAUAGCGAGACGUUUUUCCGUGAGAGGAUUGUUGCGCGUAUUGAAAACUAACUGAAGUGAAAGUGAAUUGUUGUUCAACGCCCAAUUUUGCAUCCCGUGAUCGAACCUCCUUAAAAGGUACAGGAAGUGAUGAAACACCACCCUCUAUGAAAAAUCCCCUUUUGACAUUCCAUAUCACGACUCCCUUUUCUGAUGAGUUAUGUUCCUCUCGACCUGCAGUUCCUGUUUAACCAUUUCCGUGUAUUAUUCUGCUAUUCAACGAGGAACACAAAUCAACAUGAAUAUAAUCUCAAAUGAAGUAUUUGAAGAACAUCCGACUACCAAGCAGAAACAUUCAGGUCAUACGUGUGCUGUGACGGACUAUUAAAAUGAUAUGUUCAAUAAAAGCGGUUUAUUGCUUUCUGUA